GAUGGCUGAUAGUUUAUGCUGUUUGUACAAAAUUGUUUGCUUCUGCAUAAAGAGGAAAACAAUUGAAGCGGAAAAGGAUGGAACUGCAACGCCAUCUAGAAAUGAAGCUGCUGCUCAAGGACCACCUCCUUCUGCAGAAGUUCCAAAUGAAGAAUUAGAAGAAACAGAAGUUGAAAUACCUCCUCCUAUGCCUGAAAUCUCAGCUUAUCCUUCAGCAGCAACGAAUAUCGGCGAAAAACCCGAUCAGAUAUUUGAAGAAAAUUUUACUGUAGAAGUGGAAACGGAAACGACCGAUGUUCAAAGCAAAGAGGAAGUAGUUGAGAAGGUUGAAACACCAGAAAAAGAGGUUGAAGAGAAGCGAGAGGAAAGUCCUGAGACACCUGUUGUAGAUGAAGAAACUCCGGAUGCUGGGGCUGAGACUGCUGCUGCUGAUGAAGACCCCGAAGCAAAACGUUUGGAGCAAGUGAGGACUAAGAGAAAGUAUAUACUCUACGAAUUGAUGGAGACUGAGAAAGAUUACGUAAAUGAUCUGGAAAAGUUGACGAAAGGCUACAUGGUUUACAUGAAAGAAAAUCCUUUGCCCGAAGGUAUGGAAGGCAAGGAUAAAAUUGUGUUCGGCAAUAUUCAGCACAUAUACGAAUGGCAUUUGCAAACCUUUUUGCAAGAAAUCUCAAAGAAUAUUGAAGAUCCCGAAAAAGUUGGUUGGAUGUUUGUGAAAUAUGAAAAGAGAAUGUAUGGAAUUUAUGUAAAAUAUUGUCAAAAUAAGCCGAAAAGUGAAUAUAUUGUUGCCGAAUAUAGCGAUUAUUUUGACAAAACGAGGGAAGUUCUCAAACAUCGAUUAGGAAUAACAGACUUGCUCAUCAAGCCCGUUCAAAGGAUAAUGAAAUAUCAAUUGCUAUUAAAAGAUAUUAUAAAACAAACUGAAAAACUGGGCGAACGCAGCGAAAAUUUGCAUAAAGCACUGCAGGUUAUGAAAGUAGUACCAAAAGCAGCAAACGAUAUGAUGACUUUAGGAAGACUUGAAGGAUUCGAUGGUAAAAUCACUGCUCAAGGUAAAUUGCUAUUGCAAGGCUUCUUCCAAGUUUAUGAAAUAAACUCGAAAGUAGCAAAUAAACGUGAACAAGGAAAGACGAGAGAAUUGAAAAUCUUCCUUUUUGAGCAAAUUGUAAUAUUUAGUGUUGAAACGGAGAAUAAACGUAGCAAAUUAUCAGCUCCGAGGUUAACUUAUAUCAAUAGCGUCAAGGCUAACAAUAUGAAAUUGGAGACUAGACCCCCAACAGGAAUUGCUGCCCAAUCAGUCUCAGAUCCAUCCGUUUGUUUUACAUUAGAAGAUGUAAGUCCAGGCUCGGAUUCCAAAUAUGUCUGUUGCGUCGAUAGAGUAGAUACGAAAGAAGGAGAGGAUCCUAUGUCAAAAGAGCAGGUAAAAGAACUAUGGAUCAAUGAGAUUCUCAAGAUGUUGGAUGUUCAAAAACGAAUCUUAGACGCUUUACAAUGCCCGAUUUCCUACCAGAAGGAAUUAACCAAAGAACUGUGA